AAAAAAAAAAAAAAAAACAGAACUCCACUAUAGUAUAAAAGAAGAAAAGCGCGCCAAAAUUCAAUCCCCAAACGAUACAGAAUUAUCAUCGAGAGAUAACAAUGGUGAUGCUGUGCUUCCUGUUGGAUUUACGGACGUUAUCGCCUCCACUACUUCGAGAUCUAAAGCAGUCGUUACUUCAGCUAGCGAAUUUCUAUGCAAUUUCAUGCUCUGGAGGCCACAAAUCGAUAUCGAAAUUGAAGCCGCUCCGUGAUAGGAUUGGAAUAUGCUACGUUAUUAGAAAUCGAGUAUCCUGUUCUUUAGAGAUGAAGGUAGCAUACAGGCCAAGUGGGAAUUUCAGUCUCCGUGAUUUUCAUCAUGCUGUUAACAACUUGCCUACUGAUGCCUUCUUGCCAGAACUCAACAAUAACAUAACUAUCCCUUGUAGUGAUGCCCAUCUUGAAACUGUUCUUAGUGAUAAAGUUCUAUACUCAUGGGGAGGCGACAACGAAGAUGUCGGAAGAAAAGUGAUUGUUGUUAGUUCAUGUCUACUUGAAAAUCUAGACACUGUGGCUAAGAAGACCUUAACGGACGCAGCAGACAAAUGUGUUUCAGUUGACUUUGUAUUGUUAGAGCAAGUGCCAAAUGGUGUUGGUUCUCUUUCAGAAAGUAUCAACAACUUUGUUAAGAAUAUAUGCGAUCUUGAGAAUUGUUCAUUCCGUAAUCAUCUUCCAGAUGCAAAGGUUUUGUGCAUACUGGUAAAAGAAUGGUUAAACGAUUUGAGGGACGAAGCAGAAGAGCUACAAGUUCGUCUCAAAUUCAAGAAAAACAUCCUCGGAUCAUUAAACCAAAUCUGCUGCAAUUUGAUUCCGUCUUUCAAUCCCAUCAUUGACGAGUUUGAACCCUGCAAGGUAUGCAGGUGUCAUGGCUCUCUAUUGGAUGAUGGACAUGGAAACAAAACAAUGAAAUCUACUUGUCCCGUCACUGGCAAUGAGCUCGGCACACUUGAUUUGGUUGCAAACUCGUUAAAAGUUGGCAACCAAACAGUUCUACUCAUGCCAUCCUUUCAUUGCUAUACAAAGUUGCAGCAUGUUACUGCACCUGUUGACUUUAGCAUCGUCGAACGAACCAACUUAGGGUCUUUAAGUGAAGGGCUGAUUUUGGGGACUCCGUUUGUUGUUGUACCGUCUACUUCGAAUGAACUGGAUGAUACUGACCAGACAGAGUUAAACUACCAAGUCUUUCAUGGGCUUUGCAAUGCAUUACAUUCUCUAGAUCAGGGCUUGGUUUGCUCAUCGAGAUGUAAUACAGAGACUAUGAGAGAGACACCAUUUCAGUGUUACUACAUACUUCUGCCGUCAAAUAAUGGAGUCAUGCUGCUCAGGAGGCUUGCAGGAUCAGAGGAAGUGAUACCUAUUGCUGAUGUUAGUCGAUCAUUUGACUUUACAGAAGUGAAGGAUAUUAGAGAAUCUGUAAAAGCAUCUUUACUUGAGAUUGAAGUAAGGGACUACAAUCCCAUCCCGCAUGAAAGGGGAUUCCAUCAGAAACUAAAUGUGCUUGUUAAAGAAAGCUUGCAUUUUGGGUCAUUACCAACCACAUCAGAGGAGUUACCUCCUGAACCAACUUCAACUCAAAUAGAUAGUUCAAAUAAAUCCGGACCGUCGAAGCAAUCAAUGGGUAUGUUACCCUCUAAAGAGGAAAUCCCACCGUUGGAUUCAAAAUCCGGACAAGAUAAAAUCACAGCGCGUAUAACAGAAGAAUGGGAGCAACUAAUUGUCAAUGAAAUUCCAAACAUCAAAUCUCCCACAUGUGUUUCUAAACAAAAGUUGGAUAGUUUGGUCAUUUUACCGCUUGAGAGUAAUAAGCCAAUGGAUGAAAAAACUUCACGGAUACUAGAACGAUUAGAAGUACCGAGAAAGCUUAAAGCUAAAGUAGCUUCACCGGUUAUUGCUUCAAGCAGUGCGCCUACUGAUGCAUGCGUGUCUAUGAAGAAGCCUCUUAUUCCCUUUCAGUCAACUCAAAAUUCAGUUAUAGGGACAGUUGCAAGCCAGCCAAUGAAACCUAACUUCCAAAGGCUGAAAAGGAAAAAAUAGAUUGAUGGGUCCCACCAGCCUCCUUUACAAGUAAGUGUUUUUUAAACUUCCUUUAGUACACUUUCUUCUUGCAUGCACAUGUUCCUAAAAUGGCAUGAUUUGUUUUUUGUGAACCUGAAUUUAAAUGAUUAGAAAAUGCAUCUCUGCAUGUCGAAA